GGGGCUCAGUCGCCAGUCAGCCCGCCCGCCCGCCUUCCGCAGCCAUGUCCAAGGAGGCGCCGGCCGGGCCGGAGGAGAUCGUGGGCAGCCGCGUGAUGUGGGAGCCCGACAGCAAGAAGGUGUCGCAGAUGGACCGCUUCCGCAAGGCCGUGGGCGCCAACUGCGGCCUGGAGCUGGAAAACUAUGAUGACUUGUACCACUGGUCGGUGGAGUCCUACGCAGACUUCUGGGCAGAGUUCUGGAAAUUCAGCCACAUCGUUUCCUCGAGGAUGUAUGAUGAGGUGGUGGAUCCCUCCAAGGGGAUCGUGGACGUCCCGGAGUGGUUCCGAGGGAGCCGCCUCAACUAUGCCGAGAACCUCCUGAGGCACAAGGAAAAUGACAAAGUGGCCCUUUAUGCCACCAGGGAAGGCUCGGAGGAGAUUGCCAAGGUGACCUUCCAGGAGCUGAGGCAGCAGGUGGCCCUGUUCGCAGCUGCCAUGAGGAAGAUGGGGGUGAAGAAAGGGGACCGAGUGGUCGGGUACCUGCCCAACAGCGUGUACGCCGUGGAGGCCAUGCUGGCCGCCGCGAGCAUUGGUGCCAUCUGGAGCUCCACGUCUCCGGAUUUCGGCGUGAACGGUGUCCUGGACCGGUUCUCGCAGAUCCAGCCUAAGCUCAUCUUCUCGGUGGAGGCUGUCGUCUAUAAUGGCAAAGAACACAGCCAUGUAGACAAGCUGCGGCAGGUGGUCAAAGGCCUGCCAGACCUAAAGAAGGUCGUGGUGAUCCCUUACAUCAACCGCCAGGAGAAGAUCGACAUCUCGAAGAUCCCUAACAGCGUGUUCCUGGAUGACUUCCUGGCAGCCCGAAAGGGAGAUCAGGUGCCACAGCUGGAGUUUGAGCAGUUGCCGUUCAACCACCCGCUCUUCAUCAUGUUUUCUUCGGGUACCACUGGUGCACCCAAGUGCAUGGUGCACUCGGCGGGGGGCACCCUGAUCCAGCACCUGAAGGAACACAUGCUACAUGGGGACAUGGGCAGCGCCGACAUCCUACUCUACUACACCACGGUGGGCUGGAUGAUGUGGAACUGGAUGGUGUCGGCCCUUGCCACCGGCGGGGCCGUGGUCCUGUAUGACGGGUCUCCUAUGGUGCCCACGCCCAACGUGCUUUGGGACCUGGUGGAUAGGAUUGGCAUCACCAUCCUGGGCACAGGUGCCAAGUGGCUGUCAGUGCUAGAGGAGAGAAACCUGAAGCCCAUGGAGACCCACAGUCUGCAGACGCUGCACACCAUCCUAUCCACCGGCUCCCCGCUCAAGGCCCAAAGCUACGAGUACGUCUACAGGUGCAUCAAGGCUGAUGUGCUACUGGGCUCCAUCUCAGGUGGCACCGACAUCAUCUCCUGCUUCAUGGGCCAGAACACAUCCAUCCCCGUGUACAAGGGGGAGAUCCAGGCCCGGAACCUGGCCAUGGCCGUGGAGGCCUGGGACGAAGACGGAAAGCCCGUGUGGGGGGAGAGCGGGGAGCUGGUGUGCACCAAGCCAAUGCCCUGCCAGCCCACGCACUUCUGGAACGACGAGAACGGAAGCAAGUACCACAACGCCUACUUCGCCAGGUUCCCAGGCGUGUGGGCGCACGGUGACUACUGCAGGAUCAACCCCAAGACCGGAGGCAUCGUCAUGCUGGGCCGGAGUGAUGGCACCUUGAACCCCAACGGUGUACGGUUCGGCAGCUCCGAGAUCUACAACAUUGUGGAGGCCUUUGAGGAGGUGCUGGACAGCUUGUGCGUCCCUCAGUACAGCAAGGACGGUGAGGAGCGCGUGGUCCUGUUCCUGAAGAUGGCCUCGGGCCACCACUUCCGGCCAGAGCUGGGGACACGCAUUCGUGACGCUAUUCGCCGGGGCCUGUCUGCACGCCAUGUGCCCAGCCUCAUCCUCGAGACCCUGGACAUCCCGUACACGCUCAACGGCAAGAAAGUGGAGGUGGCCGUGAAGCGGAUGAUCGCAGGCAAGCCUGUGGAGCAGCGAGGAGCCUUCUCGAACCCUGACAGCUUGGACCUGUACCGGGACAUCCCCGAGCUUCGGGACUUCUGAGCCACCCUGAAUAUGCCUGCAAGCUCUCCGGGACACUAGUGGGCACUCUGCUGAGGACCCUGUGGGGCACGCCUUACCUUGAGACCUUUGCUUCGGCCCCAUCAGGCAGUGUGGCCAAGCCCUUGGCAGCCCCCAUGUGCUUUAUGGUGUGGAUGGACAGACAGAUGGACAAAUGGAUGG